AUGUCUAAUUAUUUCCAACUUCCCGAAAUCACCCGUUCCAAUGGCACAUCAGAAGCAGAGAAUGUGACCUGGGUUUGGCAGGAGCUCCCAGACCAGCCUAGCUCUCAAAUGGCAGAUAUGGAGGCAGAGCUUCUGGAAAGGAGGACUGCUGAGCAACUCGAAAGAUACAGGUUGCUCCUCGAAGAACUCGAUCUUAAAAUGGAAGCCUUCAAGGCCGAGAGUGAUGAACUGGAGUCGCUGUUUGAGAGGAUGAAGAAUGCAAGGGGAGAGGCGGAGAGACUCGUAGAGGCUACUCCUGAGGGAAUUGACGAGGAAACUCGUUACCCCGCUCCUUCCUCUCCCUCUUCCUCCCCCUAUCCCUCUCCUCCCCCCUCUCCUCCCCCCUCUCCUCCCCCCUCUCCUACCUUCUCCAUCUCUCCUUCCGAAAACGGCUCCACUAUCUCCUUUACAUCUGCCUCCUCCUUUUCAUCCGAGGAUUCUGACUUCGAACUUUGA